AUGGCCGGAUUCUUCGAUAUCAAGGCUCGCAAAGAGGCCGCUGCAGCAAAUGGCGGCUCCACCAAAACUGCCCCCACUAAAGAUACCAACAGACUUCAGCCGUGGGUAGAGAAAUACCGGCCAAAGAGCCUCAGCGAUGUCACAGCCCAAGACCACACCAUCACAGUUCUUCAACGCACCCUCCAAUCCUCCAAUCUCCCGCACAUGCUCUUCUAUGGCCCUCCGGGCACCGGAAAGACGUCGACCGUCCUCGCCCUCGCAAAAGAGCUCUACGGGCCGGAACUCAUGAAAUCCCGCGUCCUAGAACUGAACGCCUCCGACGAGCGGGGGAUCAGCAUCGUCCGCGAAAAAGUCAAAGACUUUGCACGUAUGCAGCUCUCGAACCCCUCUCCCGGCUACCGCGACCUAUACCCAUGUCCUCCCUACAAGAUCAUCAUCCUGGAUGAAGCGGACAGCAUGACGCAGGAUGCGCAGAGCGCGCUGAGAAGAACGAUGGAGACAUAUAGCAAGAUUACCAGAUUUUGUCUUAUUUGUAAUUAUGUUACGAGGAUCAUCGAUCCACUGGCUUCGAGGUGUAGUAAAUUUCGGUUCAAGAGCUUGGAUCAGGGGAAUGCGAAGAAGCGAGUUGAGGAGAUUGCGCAGAAGGAGGGGGUUCGUCUUGAGGAAGGGGCGGCGGAUACGUUAAUUAGGUGUAGUGAGGGUGAUUUGAGGAAGGCUAUUACGUUUUUGCAAAGUGCUGCGAGGUUGGUGGGCGCCGUGAGUGUGCAAAAGGAUGAGGAUGCUAUGGAGGUGGAUGAGGAUGAUAAGGAGGGGAAUGUGGUGACGGUGAAGAGCAUUGAGGGUAUUGCGGGUGUGAUCCCGCAAGAUACGAUCGAUAAACUUGUUAAUGCUAUGCAACCCCGUUCAAAGGGGCUUGUCUAUGAAGCCGUGGCUAAGGUUGUCACGGAUAUGGUUGCGGAUGGAUGGAGCGCUACCCAAGUGGUUACACAGCUUUUCCAGUCAAUCUUGUACAACGAGUCUAUUCCCGAUAUCCAAAAGAACAAGAUAACGCUCGUCUUCUCGGAAGUGGAUAAGCGCCUGGUCGAUGGCUCAGAUGAACAUUUGACAAUUUUGGACCUAGCAUUACGAAUUUCCAACAUAUUGGCCGGGGCUUAG